AUGGCCUCCUGGAUCUUUCAAAAUUUACUCACACCAGCCGAUCUGCAAGAUGAUGAUGAUGGAGAAGAGCAUCAAACGCCGCACUUGAGUGAUCAUAAUAGUACUCGAGUGACCUCCACACCAUCUCAUACAAGCAGCAACAACAACACCAUCAUGACCACGACGACACGCGUUGAGGAUCAUGUCGAUAUUGUUCAAGUCAAACCAAUUCUCUCUUCUUCUCGAUCACCAGCAUCUAUUGAUGUGAGUGUUUCGGAUUUGUUGCAUCGAAUCGAAACCUCUUCACUUCAUGAUGAUAGAAUUGAAGCCAUGGAAAAUCUCAUUGAAUUAUCCUCUCAAGACAUGAACUCUCAAAACUCUCGUUUUAAUCAUCACAAGGAAUUCAAAGAAAUUUUCCCUAAACUCAUUAAUCACGUCAAUCAAAAUGAAAGUGAAACUACUACUCGUCAAUAUUUGACAAUUAUAUGCAACUUGGCUCAACUUGAAAAUCAUGGACCUAUUUAUUUAGAUUUAAUUAUCAACAAUAAUAAUUAUUUAUCAAUUUUAAUUUCUCUACUCAAUGAAAAUAAUUCCUAUUUGAGAUAUCAAACAAUUCAAUUAUUGAAUAUACUUUUACAAUAUAACCCUCUAGUCAUUCAAGAUGCCAUUCUCAAAGAAGCAACAAUUCCAUUAAUUUUGUCAUUAUUGAACGAGUAUGGAGUAUUGAGAAAUGAAGGAAUUCUAUUUUUAAGAAAUUUAACAAGAGAAAUUAAUCAACUCAUGGUACACUCUCCAUCCGAACAAGAACACAAUAUGGCAAUUGGGAAUGAGUUAAAAAAGAUUAUAGUAUUUGAAGGUGCAUUUGAAAAAUUAUUUGGAAUUAUUUUACAAGAAGGAGGAAAUCAAGGUGGAGUUCUCGUUCUCGAUUGCCUCUAUAUUAUUUUAUAUUUAUUGAAAGAUAAUGAAUUGAAUCGAAAACAAUUUUUAAUGCUCCAAAAUGGUGGAAUGACAUUUUUGUAUCCAUUAUUGGUCAUUCCAGAAUUUAAAAAUCAUUCAUUGAGUGGUAUGAAGACCAAUAUGUCAUCCUUAACAACGAAUACUCUCACAAACUCUGAGUCUUCAUAUGGUUUUCUUAAAAGUGUGGCUGGAGUAGCCAUGAAUUUAAUGAGUGGUAAUGAUCAAUCACUUUAUCAACAAGAUUCUCAACAUUCCAAUUUCUCUUCUCAUUUGAAUGGCGAUGAUCAUUUUAGUAUUUCUAAUCCAAUGUAUCCCAUGCUAUUGAAUGAACAAGUCACUAAACAAAAUCUCAAACAAAUCUCAAGCAAUGAAAAACAAUUAGAAAUUAUUUCCAUUGUAUUAGAUAUCCUUUUAGAAUUGAUGAAAUCUACAAAAGAACCUGUAAAGGAUAUCAUUACACAUCAUCAUAGAGGAGGAACAAGAAAUGUGAAUUCUACUCAAAGUAUUUUAAUUCCAAUUUUGAAAUUAUCGUUUGAUUAUAUUUUUACAUCGAUGGUGGGUGGUCAUGAUUCCAAUACAUCUCCACAACAACAACUCUCAAACAUGAUGAAUUUAAUUCCUCCUCUCAUUAGAACCAUCAUGUAUGAUAUUAAUAUGAAAUCUAUUUUCCUUUUAGGACAUUUAACGUUUAAUAAUCGAAGUGCUCAAGAAGUAUUAGAAAGUUAUUUUUUCCAAUAUGGAAAUACACUAUCCAUUCCAAGUCAAUUAUUGAUGAGUAAUGGAAUUCAAAAUGUGUUGACCACAAAUUCCAGCGGAAAUGGAUUGAUACAUUCAUUAAUGAUUGAAGAAUCAGCAAUUAUUCGAUUAUGUAAACUUGUUUUAUAUGACAGUGAUGAAUAUAGAAGACAAUUAGCCUUUUCGACAUUGAAAAGAUUUCUUUAUAAUAACAAGGAGGGUCAACUAAUUAUUGCUUCCACAGUGAAAGCUCCAAAUUUAAUAGCUUCUUCAUCUGAAGAGUGCAUGUUAUGCGGAAUUGUGUUAUCAGAUGCGUUAUUCUCAUUGAAUAAGCCUAAAUUUCAUCCUCUCGAAAGUGUUCAUGCGAUUUCUAUUUUAAGUAUUAUUAUUAGACAAAAUACGAAAUGUAAAGAUAUUUUAUUAGAAAUACCUUAUGAGAGUGGUGGUGGUGGUGGUAAUAUCUGCAGUAGUGGUAGUAGUAGUAGUAGUGGAGAUUUGAAUAAUAAUAACAACAACAUGACCACUAUUUCCACAAAGAGAAUUCUACCAACACACUCAAAAUCAUUCUUUACAUGUCUCAUUAAUCUUGUCGUGUAUGCCAUCCAAUCUCGAGUACAAGAUUUCUAUACAUGUGCUUUAUUGAGAUUACUAUGCGAAUGGAUCAAUGGUAGUUCUCAAUCUGCUCGAAAAUUCAUUGAACAUUCUCGCUCGACAUUAUUAUUUUUCUCUGAAGUGAUUGCAUCGAGUCAUGGCACAAGUCCUCUCAUUCAAGCAUUAUGUUGUAUGUUAUUGGGACUUGUAUGUAUGGAAUAUGAAGAUCCAUCCUCUACAGUAGUAGUAGUAGCAACAUCAUCAUCCGUAAUAACAUCAUCCGUAGUAGCAACAACAACAUCAUCAUCAUCCGUAACAUCAUCAACAACAACAUCAAAUCAUGAUGAAUCAGGAAAUGAUUCAUUCCAUCAUCCUAUACCUGUUGGAAGGAUUACCAAAAACUCUGUGGUCGAUCUUGUCUUGAGACGUGUAGGUAUUCAAAGAAUGAAAGAAAAAUUUGAUAUUUUAAGACAACACAAUGUCAUGAUUGGAGCAUUGAAUCAACCAAAAUUUAAUUAUGAAUCUUUACAAAUUAGUGAUACUACUCCUAUUCAAGUACUUCCAAUAGAUUUGGAAUUUGCAACGUUUGCAUCCUCUGCCAUUCAUAACAUUUUAACCUUCUUCUCUCAAAAUGAAAUCAAUUCCUCUCAAGAAAAUAUUCUCUUAAAAGAUUUGGAAAAACACAAUCAAAAACUUCAACAAGAAGAAAAAGAAAGACUGAUUCGGGAAAAAAAUCAAGAAAUUGAAAAGAGAGAACUCAUUGAAGAGCAAUACAAGAAUCAAAUUUCAAAACUCGAACAUGAAAUUCAAACUCUCAAAAUGGAAAAAGAUACAACCAUUCAUGAAAUUAAUUCUACCAACGAGACUUAUCAAAAUCAAUUAAGAAAUUUCUCUAAUGAAAAUCAAAAACUCAAGACGAGAAUUACGGAACUCUCUGAACGGUUGAAUACUCUUCAAGAUGAAAAGAAUACUCUCUCGGAAUUGAAUCAACAAAUGGAAUCGAAUCAGUUGCAAACACAACAACGAAUUUCAGAAUAUAAGGCUCAUCUUGAACAAACUCAAUUACAAUUGAAAUCACUUCAAGAAAAAUUCGAUUCAGAACUCCACGAAAAGGAAUUUAAAAAUAAUUUACAACAAGAGCAGUUGAACAAGUUACAAUUACAAUUGAAACAAAAAGAAGAUGAAAUUGAACACAUGACUAGAGAAUUUGAAGACAAGCUCAAUCAAUUGAAAAAGCAAGAAAGCGAAACCAUUCAAUUGAAUUUCUCCAACCAAUUAGCCAUGAAAGAUUCUCAAAUCAAUACUCUCUAUUCAGAAAAUGAUUCUCUCAAACAUUACAUUUCUCAAUUAACCACAAAUAUUCAGCAAGUGGAAGAAAAGAUGAAACAUGUAUAUCAAGAGAAAGAAAGUUUAUCAUUGAAGCAUCAAGAUCAUUCCAAUAGACUUCAACAAGAAUUGAAGCAAAAACAAGAUGAAAUUCAGAACUUGUUGAAAGCCAAUGAAAGUUUCCAACAAACUAUUCAAUUAUUGCAAAAUGAUCUCAUGAAUUUGAAGAAUCAAUCCAUACAAAAAGAUUCUACCGUACAGGCAUUACGACAAGAAAAUGAAGGCUUGAAACAAAACAUUUCUCAAAUGAAUUUGAAUCAUCAACAAUUGCUGCAACAGCAAGCAGCUCUACAAGAAUCUCUCAAAAAGACUCAAUCCAUCAUUUCUGAAAAAGAGAAACGAAUUGAGGAACUUGAUAAAGAUAAUGAAGACAUGAUUGAUAUUAUUGAAAAGUUGGAGGAGAAACUGGCCCUUCAGGAUGCCAAUAAAUAA